CCAUUUUGUCCAGGUCCAACGGAAGCUUCCUUCCUUCCUCUUCCACAGUCCACGCUCGCAAAAGACGACGGCCAUACGAAUACAAAAAGCUGCAGUUGAAAGCGUCACCGAUGUCUAUGACUCGCACACAACCUACAAUAAAUGCGCAGCUGGCCUUUUCUUUCUUUCCUCGCUGUGUCCCUCUCCCGGGCUACUUUUCCUCCGUUCCUUCCUCUUCUUCUUGGAAACCAACCGCCUCUUCCUCCUUUUCUCCACUUCUAUAAAUCUAUUUCAAUACCUCCGCCUUGGCUUGAUUCGUUCUCAAUUACCCCUUGACAUGGAUUUCUCUACUCCUUCUUCUACUACUGCUUCCUCUUCUUCUUCUUCCUCCUCCUCCUCCUCCUCCUCUUCUACUUCUUCUGGGACCUGGGGAGAAGGAGGAGGUGGUAGCUACAGCUCCAUGGUUUCUGAGAUGGUUAGAAGGGUGAUCUGUGCUAUAGUUACCUGUGUUUUUGCCAUAGUUGGUUCAUUCGUAGGGGCUGUGACGGGUGCUUUGAUCGGCCUAGCGACUGAGAGUGGAUUAUUCCGAGGUGCUGGAAUUGGGGCUAUUUCUGGAGCUGUUUUCUCAAUCGAGACUGUCGAAUCAUCUCUUGAUCUUUGGAAUUCCAAUGAAUCAGGGAUUUGGAGUAUCCUAUACUUGAUGGACAUCAUCUCUAGUCUUUUGAGUGGAAGGCUUGUUCGAGAUAAGGUUGGACCUGCUGUCCAAAGUGCAGUACAGAGUCAGAUGAGUGCUAUGGAUUCACCCUACAUUGAGAUUCGUGAUUUCUUUGAAACUGGAGGUACCGGGGGAAUGUCGGAGGAUUCUGUAGACAAGCUUCCAAAGAUUAAAAUUACUUCAGAUGACAAUGUGGAUGCCUCAGGUGAUAGAAUCUGCUGUUCAGUGUGCCUGCAGGACUUCCAAAUUGGAGAGACGGCGAGGAGCUUGCCUAAGUGUCGGCACAUAUUCCAUUUACCAUGCAUAGAUAACUGGCUUACUAGACAUGGUUCUUGCCCUCUAUGCAGAAGGGAUAUUUAGAAGGAAUACAAACCUACACACAUAUAUAAUUAUAUAUACAUAUAUACAUACAUAUAUAUGUAUGUGUGUAUGUAUAUAUGUAUGUAUGGAUGGAUGUAUGUGAGAUGCUAUACAUCUAGGGCUAUUCUAAUUCUUUUACACAUGUCUUGUUAUUUUCCCCCUUUUCCGGGGCUAGAGAGUUGUGGAUUAUGAAAUGAAGCUCUGCUUCCUUUACGAUAUCUAUAUAUCUAUUAAAAGAUAUGGUCUUGGACUCUUUUUUA